AUCCUCUCAUUUAAUUUGCAUCUUAUCCUAUUGAGCAAGAAAAAAUGAUAGAAAAAAAAAGUGAUUGUAUUAGGAGAAAAAAUAAACAUGUUCAGCAAAAAUAUAGUGAUUUUUGUCCACAAAAAUGGCAGCUACUUCACUCUCAUUGAGUCUUGGGCUUCCAUCAGCAGCAGCCAACAAUUUGAAUAGGAAUGGCUUACACAACAUUACCACAUGUUCGGCAUCAGAAAACACGUCCCCUAAUCAACAGAGAUGUUUGAUGAGAAGGCCAUUUCUAUUGGGAGCAGGGGCUCUUUCGUUGAGUUUAUUACCCGCUACUCCCCUUUUAGCUCAAGGAGUACCGGAGAACUAUGAAAUCUUUGUUGACAAACGAGAUGGCUAUUCAUAUUAUUAUCCAUCAGAUUGGAGGGAAUUUGAUUUCAGAGGUCAUGAUUCUGCAUUUAAAGAUAGAUAUCUACAACUGCAAAAUGUGCGACUUAGUUUUAUACCAACUGAUAAAUCAGAUAUCCAUGAUUUGGGGCCAAUGGAAGAGGUAAAUCGCGGUACUAUUCAUCUAUGUAGACGUUUAUUUAGCAAUCGAGGAGGAGAAAAAUAUAAAAAAGACAUGAAUUUUCUUCGUCAUACCAACUUAUUUUCUACUUUCCUAAAGGUUGUACCCGAUCUGGUAAAACAUGUUUACUCUGCACCGAAUCAGGUGGCAAAUAUAAUGGAAAUGAAGGAGAGAACUACGGAUGGGAAAAACUAUUUCACCUUUGAAUAUGUGUUGACAUCUCCAAAUUUUUCGCGGGCAGCAUUUGCUACCAUAGCAAUUGCAAAUGGGAGACACUACACACUAAUCGUGGGAGCAAAUGAAAGGCGAUGGCGAAAAUUCCGUAACAAACUUAAAGUGGUGGCUGAUUCAUUUCAGGUGCUGGACAUUUAGAAUUGCUCAAUAAAGCUGGCAAUCAUACAGUCUUUUUGAAUCAAACAGAAUUGUCUAUAUAUCCUCUUGCAAUUUUUUUAUCGAACUACAUUACAAAGAAUGUUUCCGGCUAUCUCAUAAGUAAAUGAAAUCCCCUUGUAGUUGAA